AUGGCCGUGUUGCAGCCUACCUUCAAUAACAUACAAGUUCGAGUUCGCAUACGAUCCCAGGCAUACAAGAACCUCACCCCAAAGACCCGCCUGGGCUUCGGCGUCGCGGUCCUGGCCUGGGGCGGCGCAGGCCUCUACUUCUCCGACCGGGCCGAGGAGAAGUACCAACCCACGCCCGAGGAAAAGGCCGUGGUCGACAAGUACGUCCCAAAGGUCACCGUCGUCGAUAGGUCCGAAUGA